AUGAAAAGCCUUUUCUCUACAGCAGCUCUGCUUUUGGUCUCACUGGUGAAUGUCAGCCAAGGUGUGCCAACUCUCUUUGCUCGUCAAUCAAGUGACGACCUUGGAUCAUGGAUCGAUGGUGAAACCACCUACAGCGAGAAGGCAUUGUUGGCCAACAUCAAUCCUGAAGGAGCAGUAAAAGGUUUCGUUGCCGCAUCUCCUUCCACAUCCAACCCUGAUUACUUUUAUUGCUGGACGCGUGAUGCAGCAUUGGUGAUGCGUGCUGUGGUGCACAAUUACAACACCGAGCCUUCCGAUGACUUGGCCACUAUCAUGCAAGAUUAUGUCGGCUUCCAAAUCAAUUCCAUGAACGAAGAUACCGUUUGCGAUUGCUUGGGUGAGCCAAAGUUCAACAAGGAUGGAUCCAGUUACACCGGAGCCUGGGGUCGUCCUCAAAAUGAUGGUCCUGCUGAACGUGCCAGUACCUUCAUCCAAAUUGCUGAAGCACUCAAGGACAAUAGUAGCUUUGUUGAUGAUACUCUCAAGCCUGCCAUUCAACGUGAUCUCGACUAUGUCUCAAGCCUUUGGUCGGAGACAUGUUUCGACCUUUGGGAGGAAGUCCAAGGCCUUCACUUUUUCACGUUGAUGGUAAUGCGUCGUGCACUUAACGAUGGUGCAAAGUUCCUUGGUAACGAUAGCUACGCGACCACCGCCAGUGAUAUUGAAUCCAAGCUCAAGUCAUUCUAUUCCUCGGAUGAUGGCUAUAUCAAGGUGACCGAUCAACUUGCUGGUGGUGUUGACUAUAAGGACUCUGGUUUGGAUACAUCCACUUUGAUCGCUGCCAAUGUUGCUAGCUUGGGUGAUGGAUUCUUUACUCCCGCUUCUGACGAGAUCCUUGCUACUUCUCUUGCGAUCAAAAAGAGCUUUGCAAGCUUGUAUGGUAUCAACAAGGACUCCAACUCAUCCAGCAUCUCCCCUGCCAUUGGUCGUUAUCCCGAGGACAAGUACGAUGGUGUAGGUACUUCUGAAGGCAACCCCUGGUAUUUGUGCACACUCGCAUUUGCCGAACUCUAUUACCGUGCUAUUGGCGAGUGGAAGGAUGCCGGCUCUAUCAAGGUGACUGAUACCAGUGCCGAGUUUUUCAAGCAAUUUGAUGAUGCUGCUGCAUCUGGUACUACCUACAAGAGCGGUACAGACGAAUUCGAUAAUAUCAUCAAGGCAGUGACAGCAGAGGCCGACUCUUAUUUUGCACGUGUUCAAAAGCAAACAUCCGAUGGCUCUCUUAGUGAACAAUACAACCGUGAUUCGGGUGAACCUACAGGUGCCAAGGACUUGACUUGGUCCUAUGCUGCAUUCAUCACUGCUUCAGCUGCUCAUAGUGGCAAGCCUGUUGCUUAG